AUGGCUGGUUCCAUCACCCGACAACUUCUUCUCCUUGGCGCCUUGGCCUCGGAGGCGCUUGCUUCGUGCGCUUACGGAACACUUCUGCACCCUAGAGCUGAGGGUGGUGCUGUUGAGGUCAACACGUUUGGCUACACUGGCAAGAUCGGACCUACCAACUGGGUUGGCUUGGACCCCCAGGCGAACGCUCUUUGCUCAACAGGUGUAAACCAAUCCCCCAUCGACAUGGCCGCAGGCGCCAAUGCCAUUAUCCCUGCAUCUCAGUUGGGCCUGUCUAUCCCUGACAUGCUCGAGGGAACCGAAUUCGAGAACCUGGGCACCACUGUCGAAGUCGUUGCUGGACAGGGUACCAUGAAAUUCGCCAAUACCAGCUUCACUCUCCAGCAGUUCCACUUCCACUUGCCCAGUGAGCAUCUGGACGCUGGAAAGAGUAUGGCUAUGGAGAUGCACAUGGUCUGGGAGAGUGAGGAUUCCAAGAUCGCUGUUGUCGGUGUCUUCAUUGAUGUCGACGAUGGCGCUGGAGGAAGUCCCGCUGGUAACUCUACCUCUGAACUGCCACCUGCCGCCACUCCUGCGGCUCGCAAGAGAGACGGAUUCGUCAAGAUGGUUCGCAAGAGUGUUGGUUCCGCCCACGCCCACGACCACUCUCACGAAAAGCGCCAACUCCCUGGUGUUGGAGGCACUUUCUUCCACGUCAACGCCCCUACUACUGCCGCUACAACUGCUUCCUCACUUCUCGAGACUGUCUUUGGCUCGGUCGGAGAGAUUACCGAGCCUGGAACUCUCACCAAGACCAAGUCGCUCAACAUGGCCGAGCUUGUUAGCACCCUGGCUGCUGGUUCUUUCCAGACUUAUGAGGGUUCUUUGACAACUCCUCCCUGCAGCGAGGGUGUCCGAUGGUUGGUCUCUGACCAGAAGCUUUCCAUCAAGGCAUCGACCUUCCACAGCGUCCAGUCCGUCAUUGGCUUCAACUCCAGAUUCCCUCAGGGUGCUCUCGGUGAGCCUAACGCUCUCGCUGGAGUGGCCGCUUAG